GUACUAGUACACUGUUCAUGUAUAUAUCUCUCUCUCUCUUUCUCUGAGUUGCGUUGUUUUCUUUCUCUGUGAAGAGAGUUAACCAGUGUUUGGCUUCUUUACCAACGCGCGCGCACGCACGCACACUCUCCCUAUAAAUAUCGUACACACACUGAAAUCCCCCCACACUCUCUCUUCUCCUUCCUCUUCUCUCCAUUUCCCUUUCUCUUUCUCUUUCUCUGCUCUCAACUCUCUAACCCCAAAAUCAUUACACACAAUGUCGGCUUGCACAGACGAAGACCCUCGUCUCCAUGGCAUCCGAACUAAGAUUCGCGUCGUCCCCAAUUUCCCCAAAUCGGGUAUCAUGUUCCAAGACAUCACUACUCUUUUGCUCGACCCCAAAGCUUUUAAGGACACCAUCGAUUUGUUCGUUGAGCGAUACAAGGGCAAAAACAUUUCUGUUGUUGCAGGAAUUGAAGCUCGGGGUUUUAUUUUUGGUCCUCCCAUUGCACUGGCAAUAGGAGCAAAGUUUGUACCAUUGAGAAAACCAAAGAAGUUGCCUGGGAAAGUUAUUUCUCAAGAAUACAUUUUGGAAUAUGGAAGGGACUGUCUUGAGAUGCAUGUUGGAGCUGUUGAAUCUGGUGAGCGUGCUUUAGUGGUUGAUGAUUUGAUUGCAACUGGUGGAACGCUCUGUGCAGCUAUGGACUUGCUAGAACGUGUGGGAGCAGAGGUAGUGGAGUGUGCAUGUGUAAUUGAACUACCAGAAUUGAAGGGUCGUGAACGUUUGAACGGGAAGCCCUUGUAUGUGUUGGUGGAAUAUUUGGAUGAUUGAGGUCCUCUGCUUCUGCUCUGCUGGUUCUGGCCAUGCAAUGAAAAUGUGGUUUUGGGUGAUAAUAUGUUCAUUGGAUUCCCAUGUUAGCUUAGCUUGUAGUAUGAACUAUCAAAUCAAAUUAAUGCAUUUGUAUGACCCACUCUUUGGGUCUCUCAUCUCAUCUCUGCUUCCCCACCCUUUUCAAAUAAAUUUAUGACUUUGCCUCUGCCUGCUCUGCACUGCAGGAUAUAAAUUCUUGACUUUUUACAUGACCAA